CAGAAGAAUAGUGAGAUACGUGCGAGUGGGCUCGCGCAUUCCUCUUCCUCGAUGGCCGUCUUGCAUCUUUAUCACCGGCGAUGCAUUUAAACAUAAUCGCCGCAUUGUUCACCUGCAGUUUGCAGUCGCAUCUCGUACACACACGUCGGCCAUCUUUGCGGUCACCCGGUGUCGAUUCCCAACCGCAUCAAAAACACACAACAAGAAUAAAAAAUUAUGGCGUACCUCGUGCUGGUCUUGAUCAUUCUCCAACUGGGCCUGCUUUGGAUUAUUCACGCGUGGAAUUUGCUCGCUUAAUAUUCACACAUCGAUGUUUAAUAUUUAUCUAUUCGUUGCUAUAUUCUAAACACUUGCUUCACGCUAACUUUUCACUUGCUCUUGUAGGUUGCAAAGUUGCAGUUUUGCGCGUUCAAGUUUCAGUUCCGUUUAGUUCUUUGCACCGUCAAGUCGUAAUCCGCGUCAUUAUGAUUGAAAUUUCAACGCGUUUAUAUGCCGGAUGAAUAUUUGCAUGUGAUUCCAUUUCUAUUGUAUUCGUUUUCGGUUUGGUUUUCAUCGGUUGGUCGGUUAGUUUUCGUUCGUCAAAACAGCAGAUGAUAUCGCACAACGCACGAGUCAGCUUGGCUCGUUUCAUCAUUGCAGCGCGAUAAAAACGCGAGAGAUUAAUCAUCGCCGAUUUCAGUUUCGUUACGGUUUUGCUUUCGCGCGUGCUUGCAGCGAGUGGUGAAAAUGUGCGCGCUCGAAUUUUCCGAAAUUACCUACACUGUCACAUCACUAAAUGGCACUAAAAAGAACAUCCUCCAUGAUAUCAACGGUUACUUUCCAGCGGGAAGGCUUAUCGCCAUUAUGGGCCCGUCUGGCGCCGGUAAAUCUUCCCUGCUUAAUAUCCUGACAGGCUUCAGGACGAAAAAUGUCUCCGGCAAAGUGCGCAUCGAUAGCGUCGAGCGUAAUGUGAAAGACUUUAAAAAAGUCUCUUGCUACAUCACGCAGGACGAUAAUCUCUGCGACUAUCUUACCGUCGCGGAGAAUAUGAUGUAUGCUGCGGAUUUUAAAUUGGGACCCGGUGAUAAUUACGAGUCGAAAUUAUGUCAGGUGAAUGAAAUCUUGAUUUCUUUGGGUUUGUACGACCAAAGAGACACAAUGACAGGACGAUUAUCCGGAGGAGAAAAGAAACGCUUGUCAGUCGCUCAAGAAAUGCUUAGCGAUCCGAUGUUUUUGUUCUUAGAUGAACCAACAACUGGUUUAGACAGUUUAUCUUGUUACCAAUGCAUCAGCGAACUUAAAAACCUCACACAUCAAGGCAAAACUGUUAUCUGCACAAUCCACCAACCCUCCGAUGGCAUUUUCAAACUCUUCGAUCAAGUUUACGUCCUGUCGCAAGGAUAUUGCACGUAUCAAGGCGAUAUCAAACAGAUGAUUAAAUUCUUCGACAAAUUGGAUCUACCCUGCAGUUUAUUCUCCAAUCCGGCCGAUUACAUCAUAGAAAUGUCUAGUGGUGAUUAUGGCCAAGAUAAAAUCGAGCGAAUGAUUGAAGCAAUCGACAAUGGCCGCAAUCUACUGUACACCACCGGCGAAGAAAUCAAGCAAAAGCCACCGAUGAACACGAAAAUCUGCCUCUCGCAUUUCUACGAAUUUCGAACACUUCUGAAGUGGCAGUGGUUCAAACUACAUCGAAACAAAAAUUUAGUGCACUUGAGAAUAUUUGGCAGUAUAUCAGUUUGUUUACUGAUUGGAGGAUUGUAUUUCAAUGCUGGCAAUGAUGCCUCGAGAAUGUUGCACAACUAUUACAUGCUUCUGGCUUUUAUCAUCGGCAAUACGCAACCAGCUUUAAUGUUAACUAUUCUAUAUUUUCCAAGAGAAGCACCAAUCUUAAAAAAAGAACUUUUCAAUGGCUACUAUCGACUUAAAAACUAUCUGAUAGCAAACACUCUGACCGAAUAUCCUUUAGCUUUAUUUUGUACUUUAUUAACAUCGGCAAUCACCUACUUAAUGACCGGCCAACUUUUGGAACUACGCCGUUUCGCCAUGUUUUCAUUCGGUCAACUUUUCGUCAUAUUAACAUCACAAAGCGUGGGACUUUUAAUUGGCUCCGGCAUGAAACUAGUGAAUGGAAUAUUUGUUGGUUCAUUCAUCUUAACUCCUCUGAUGUUAUUGAGCGGAUUUGGUUUCAUGCUGAAAGACCUCGCAAUGGCAGUGCGAUACGUGUCGAAUUUCGCUUAUCUCAAAUACUGCCUCAGCAUGUUAUCAGUGGCGCUCUUCGGUAUGGACCGCCCGAAGUGGACGUGCCCGGAUAACGAAUACUGUUUGUACAUGCGUGGUGAGCAUUUCAUCGCUGAGAUCGGCGUGGAUUUACAGCACUAUUGGCACGACGUGGCGGUUCUAUGCGCGAAUUAUUGCCUGGUCAAAAUUGCUACUUACUUUGUCAUGCGACAACGCAUGAACAAAUGAAAAUACCAAUAGAAUUAGACUUAGAAACAAAAGACGAAGAGAUUAAUUGGCUGGCCAAAUUUAUUUUAUGUGUUAAAACAUGUUUUAUGACUGUUUAAGUUGUUUUUAAAAUUCGUUAUUAAACAAAUUGUGAUUUAUUAUUUGAAAACAAAAAAUGCGUGUUGGACGGAGAGGUUAAACAUAAGUAUGACUUAUUAACAAAUUAUUAUCAAUAUACAAAUAGAAUAAUUUACUUUAAAAA